AUGGACUUAUGGCAUACUGGGAAAGAUGAAAGAGAAAACAAGAUGAAGAUGAGAGUCAUAAAAUCUGAAAUUAACUCUCUAUGGGGUAAAUAUCUCAACAAGGAAAUCAGGAUUAUGGGUCACAAUCUACUUCUGGUCAGGCUUAACAAUGAAGCUGAAAGAGAUGAAGUUAUUGUUGAUGGUCCUUGGCUAAUUGAUGGAUUCAAGUAUUUGAAGCUAGAGCAUAUGAAUAUUGCUGUCAAAAAUGAAGCAAUUGGUUUUAUUGGGAGGAAGAUCUCUACCAAACCAAGGAACUGCAGACCUCGUGCGGGAAAUACUGUCAAAACUAGAUUUGAAGUGGACCUGAACAAAUCUCUUCAUAGAGGUGGUUGGUGGAAGACUGCAAAUGCAGAAGAUGUAUGGAUCAGAUAUCACUGGGAGUUGCGGCCUAAGAACAUCUGCCCUAAAUGUUUUGUCAUUGAUCAUGAUAAUGAAAAUUGUGAGUAUACCUCUCAUUUACUCUACUUAGACUCUCUUACUACUGCUGAGUAUGAAACACUUCUUAAGGAAGAUAGUGAAGCUAAUAAAGAAAAGGAAGGAAGUGCUACAGCUUGCAACAUGGAGGAAGAAUUAAUUGAGGAAGGUAAUAUAGAAGACUCAAGAAAUGUGAAAAGGAUGAGAAAUUCCAACCUCAAUGCGGAGCCAUCUAUGAAUCCUCACAACAUUCGUAUUCAACCACCUGCAAGACUCUUCUCAGACAGAAUUGGCCUUGCUGGUGGUCUGCUUUUGUUAUGGAAAGAAGGAUUUCAAUGUUCUGUUCAGGACAAAUCCAAUAAUAUUAUCAAUGUUCUUUCUAGUUUACAUCCUGCAAAACAAGAUGUCUUGAUUUCCUUCAUGUAUGGCUCUACUUACUCUGAUAUUAAGAAAAUUCAAUGGGAUACCAUGUCUAGUAUUAGUGAUAGUAUCAUGCAACUCUGGAUUGUUAUUGGAGACCUUAAUAUUCAUCUUCAUACUAUGGAAUCUAGUUCUUCUGUUUCUCAGGAUGAUAGAUUUUUUCAACAAAAAAUUAAUGAAUGUGGACUAAUGGAUCUAGGAUAUAUUGGGAGAGAUUUUACUUGGUCUAGUAAUAAUCUUGGUACUGGCAUUAGAACUUCUAUAAUAGAUAUGGCUUUGGGUAAUCAACAGUGGUGUAAUGAUUUUCCCAAUGCUAGAUUAUACCAUCUUGUCCAAGCUGGUUCUGAUCAUUGUCCUACAUUCUUACAUACUGAUAAAGUCCCUAAAAAUCUGUGGAUACCUUUUAAAUUUUUUGCUAUGUGGCUUAAACAUGCUGGUUUUAAAAAUCAACUAAAAAUUACUUGGAACACUAAUGUUAGAGGCUCUCCUGGUCAUAUGUUGAAUGAAAAACAUAUCUCUACUAGAAAAAGGAUCUCUUAUUGGAAUAAGAUUGACUUUGGUGAUAUAGAUAGUAAUAUCAAUGCUCUUCAGGAUCAACUUCUCAGGCUUCAGAAUGAACCAAUAUCUAGUUCCCAGCAUGAUUGUCUUAGUAACACUAAUAAGCAAUUAAAAUGUGGUUUGAUAUCAAAACUGAAUUCUACAAGCAGAAAUAUGGUUCAUGAGGAUAUUUUUGAUAUCAUUCCUACUGUCAUCACUAAUGAUUUGUCUGAGUUUUUCACCAGAAUUCCAUCUGUUGAUGAUGUUUUUCAAGAUAAUGUUGGUAAUGAUGUAGUUCAGGCAGUUCAGAGUUUUUUUAUUUCUGGUUUCAUGCCUAGAGAAUUUAAUAAGACCUACCUUUCUUUGAUUCCAAAAAAUGAUAAUGCUAAAUAUCCUUCUGAUUUUAGACCUAUAGGUUUAUGCAACACUAUAUAUAAGAUUAUCUCUAAGAUACUUGCUAAUAGAAUUAAACCUUAUCUAAAAAGGAUUAUUUCACCUUAUCAAUCAGCUUUUGUUCCAGGUAGAGCUAUUCAAGACAACAUAAUCAUUGUUCAUGAAAUGGUUCAUACCAUGAAACAUAAGGAAGGUAAUAAUUGUAGUAUGGCUCUGAAAUUGGAUUUAUCAAAAGCCUUUGGUAGGUUAGAAUGGCCUUUCAUUUUAAGAAUGCUUAAAAAGCUGGGUUUUCCUGGAAAAUUUUGUCAAUACAUUGAACAAUGCAUUUCAACCACAUUAAUCUCCAUUCUUCUCAAUGGUUCUCCCACGAGUGCUUAUAGUCCUACUAGAGGUCUGAGGAAGGGGGAUCCUCUAUCCUCCUACCUCUUUAUCAUAGCUAUGGACUAUUUAUCUAGACUUCUUGUCAAUGCUGCCUCUAAUCAAGUUAUUUCAGGUGUUAAAGCAGCUAGAAAUGCUCCUGCUAUUACUCAUCUCCUUUUUGCAGAUGAUAUUCUCAUUUUCACUAAAGCUGAUAUACACAAUGUGACUGGUAUCUUUAUACUCUUAAUCAGUUUGGAAAUAUUUCAGGACACUGACAAAUAUCUAGGUGUCACUCUCCUGAUUGGUAGGGAUAAAUCUAAAGUUUUCAAACACCUUAUACAGAGUUUUAAUGCUAGGCUUAUUCCUUGGAAAGGCAAAAACAUGAAUUAUGCUGCAAGAUCAACAAUGGUAAAACAUGUUUUCAAUGAUUUGGCUACUCAUCAAAUGAGUGUUUUUAGAGUCCCUAAAAACACCAUUGCUAAACUUGAUACCAUUCAAAGACAGUUCUGGGCAAAAUACUCUAGAAAUAGUAGUCUUGUUCAUCUAGAUAAACUAAAAGAUGAGAGUUCUUGGCUUUGGAGAAGCAUUUACUCCGGUCUUGAAGUUGUUCAAAAACACACUAGGUGGUUAGUGAGAUGUGGUUCUAAAAUAAACAUUUGGCUAGAUGUUUGGGUUACUGGUUUAGAUAGCCCUCCUGUUCCAGUUGUUGGAAUCUCUAGCUUAGAUAAUUUUUCUUUUGUUUGUGAUUUGUUUCAACCUGGUACUAGGCAAUGGGAUAUUAACAUUGUUAAUACUCUCUUCUCUCAAGACUGUGCAAAUCUGAUUCUUAAUUUGAGUGUUCCUAACACAGGUGAUGAUACUCUGAUAUGGAGACCAGAUAGAAAAGGCAAGUUCACAGUUAAAAAUGCUUAUAAUACUAUUGUUGCAGGUAGAUCUAUUCCUACUGAUGUCUGGAAAAACUUGUGGAAUUUCAAAGUUCCACAUAGAGUUCAAAUUUUCAUUUGGAAAUGUCUUAAGCAAAUAGUUCCUGUUAGAACUAAGAUUGCUAGAUAUAAACAUGGCAUAGAAACCCACUGUAGUUUCUGUAAAAAUAGUGAAGAAACUACUAAUCACAUCUUUAUGGAUUGCAGUUACAGUAGAGCCAUUUGGUUUUCCUUAAAUAUUAAUAUUGAUGCCAUUAGACAAUCCAAUGCUGAUUUUGAACAGUGGAUUAUAGGCUGGUUCCAUUCUGAAGUUAGUAAUGUUUCUGCUUUAUGCUUGAGUAAUGAGAAUCUGAUAUGCAGAUUUAUGUGUGUUAUUUGGUACAUCUGGAAAGACAGGUGCUAUUUGGUCUUCCAAGAUAAGAAACCCCAUCUACAGGCUACAGUGACUAGAGUUAAUUGGUUAUUUAAUCAAUGCUCUCAUCUGAAUGUUCAGCAUAAAUAUUCUAUUGCCAAUGAAUUGCAGAUCAAGAAUUGGAGGCCUCCAGACAAGGAUUUUGUACAUGUUUUAGGAGAAAAAGGUAUAUGUUGUGAAGAUGAGGUGGCAGAGGACUAUGGGGCUGAGUAUUUUGAAUGCAAGGCACUGGAAUUUGCUGUGGAAUGGAUGGAGGAACUGAGAAUCACCAAGGAAAUUUUUGAAAUGGAUUGUGAAAAUGUAGUUAAAUCUAUCUCUGAAAAUGAGCUACACACUGAUUCAAUCAAACUAUAA